AUGUUGGAAAGUGAACUGACGAACGCGAAGAAUUUGCAAGGAAUACAGCAGCAGGAUGAGGAUGAAGUUACGGUAGUGAGGGUGGCUCCAAAAUCUCUCGUGACCAAAGUCGACAGUGACGAUGCUAAAAUGCAAGCCGUGGACCGAGACUUGCAUGUGGCCCAGGCGAAGUUGCGUAACACUCUGUAUGCCAACGACUUGUUGAAUCGUCGGAUUUGGAAGGCUCAGGACGUGUUGUUAAGUGUCUACGAUAAAGCGUCGGUUCAUCUGGAAGAGAUAAAAUCGAAUACAGACGACUGCAAGGAAAAAAUGAAUGAUUUUAUUCAGAAUCUGGACAAAGAGUUAAAAGCACUUUAA